AUGGCCGCUCCUUGGCCCUUUGUUGAAUGGGGAAUGGAUGUCAUCAGACCAAUUGAGCCAAAAUCUUCUAAUGGACAUCAAUUUAUUUUGGUCGCAGUCGAUUACUUUACUAAAUGGGUGGAGACAAUCACUUUCAAGGCAGUCACUAAGAAGGCGGUCGUGGAUUUUGUCCAUUCAAACAUCAUUUGUCGUUUUGGUAUCCCAAGAACUAUUAUCACAGAUAAUGCUGCAAACCUUAAUAGCAAUUUGAUGAAGGAGGUAUGUGAGCAGUUCAAAAUUGUGCAUCACAAUUCUACUCCAUACCGACCAAAGGCCAACGGAGCUGUGGAGGCAGCCAACAAGAAUAUCAAAAAGAUUCCCAGGAAAAUGGUUCAAGGCACUAGACAAUGGCAUGAGAAGCUGCCUUUUGCACUUUUAGGAUAUCACACAACAGUGUGCACCUCGAUUGGUGCAACUCCUUAUUUGCUGGUGUAUGGGACUGAGGCUGUGAUACCAGCGGAUCGAAGUUGA